CUCGCCCCAAGGAAUGACUCUUGCUAACGAAACUAUACAGGAAUCAACCCGCGCUGCGAGUGGUAACAUGAAGCUGCCGCGCAGGAAGCAACACAACAAGAGCGUCAACACCAGUUGUUGCCGUCGCGAACCUCUCGUGGCGGCACGAACAGCUGAGGCAAAACAGCCCCUCACAUGAAGCGUUGCUUAUACCUCCGCCCUGAGUACUCCACUUCGCCCACCACCUACAAGUCAUCAGAAUCUUCACCACCUUUCCACCUUAAGUCAUCAAAAUUGCCCCGUUUCCCCCGACCGGCCUACUCUCAACAAUUCGAUCAAUAUAUAAUGUCAGCUCUUCAUCCAUUAUCUUGUUGCCUUCACCAAGUCGCCCUUCACCUCAUCACUCUUCACCUCCUCGGCCUUCCCUCCUUCACAACGCCGGUGCAGUUCCAUCAUCACAACUUCGCGGCGUCUCCUGAAGAACCAGCUCUUAACUCUUCGUCGCCUCGAUGCCACAACACCAAGACACUUCCUCACAGCAACUGCACGACGUCUCCUCUCAGAUAAUCAGCUGCUUGGCAGUCUUUAUCACAUACACGCCUCCCAACUGUAACACGCGUGUCAAUGCA